AUGGAAUCCAUAUAUUUUAUUCAAUAUUCUUCUGAAAGUCUACGGGCUUACGGCCUUAUCACGUACGACCACCGAAUUAAGCAACGUCGAGCCUGCCUGCCUGCCUGCCUGCCUGCCUAUCUAUCUAUCUAUCUAUCUAUCUAUCUAUCUAUCUAUCUAUCUAUCUAUUUCAGUUCAUUCAUUAUCUCUCUAUCUAUCAAUCUAUCUAUCUGCUUUCGCAUCUCUCACUCUGUUAGUAUCUAUCUAUCUAUCUAUCUAUCUAUCUAUCUAUCUAUCUAUCUAUCUAUCUAUCUCAGUCUAUUCAUAUCUAUCUAUCUAUCUAUCUAUCUAUCUAUCUAUCUAUCUAUCUAUUUAUCUCAUUUUAUUCAUUAUCUAUCUAUCUAUCUAUCUAUCUAUCUCAGUUUAAAAUUAUCUAUCUAUCUGCUUUCGAAUCUCUCAAAGUUUGGUAGUAUCUAUCUAUCUAUCUAUCUAUCUAUCUAUCUAUCUAUCUAUCUAUCUAUCUCAGUUAAUUCAUUAUCUAUCUAUCAAUCUAUCUAUCUGCUUUCGCAUCCCUCAAAAACACUAGUAUCUAUCUAUAUCUAUCUAUCUAUCUAUCUAUCUAUCUAUCUAUCUAUCUAUCUAUCUAUCUAUCUAUCAAUCUAUUUUAAAGUAUUAGAUUAUCUCUCUAUCUAUCAAUCUAUCUAUCUAUCUGCUUUCCAUGCAACUCUUACUCUGUUAAUAUCUAUCUAUCUAUUUAUCUAUCUAUCUAUCUAUUUAUCUUCGAUUCAUCUAUCUCAUUUUUAUUUUGGACGAUCUAUCUAUCUAUCUAUCUAUCAAAUCUAUCUAUCUAUCUAUCUAUAA